GUGUGGCAUUCUUGGAAUCCAAUACCAAUGUACCCUCCAUCUAAUCCAAAAUCCAACCACAUCUCCUUCUCUCCUUAUCUUACCAAACCCAAAACCAAAAUCAAAACCCUGCAACAACAUCUCAACCCAAAGCUUGAGUUUCUACCUUACAACAGAGGAGCUGAUACCGAAUCAAGAAAAAAGGAGACAUGGGUCGGAUUUUUGUGGUGGAGUUAGAGGGCAGGUCUUACAGAUGCAAGUAUUGUGGUACCCACUUUGCCCUUCCUGUUGAUCUCGUCUCAAGGUCUUUUCAUUGCCGUCGAGGAAAGGCAUACCUCUUCAAUAAUGUGGUGAACAUCACAACUGGAGCCUCGGAGGAGAGAAUGAUGCUUUCCGGAAUGCAUACCGUUGCAGACAUAUUUUGCUGCUGCUGUGGACAAAUUAUUGGCUGGAAAUAUGAGGCAGCACAUGAGAAGAGCCAAAAGUACAAAGUAGGCAAGUUUGUUCUUGAAAGAGGGAGGAUCGUUGACGAGAUGGACUUGUCGACGGGAGUCUUUAUAGACGCGCACUCUGGUAUGAGUGAUGGAGAAGAUGCAUAAGAUUUGAAUUCAACUCCCAAGUAGAUGUAAAAAGUAAUGUAGUAGGAAGGCACUUGUAUAGAAGAACAAUUGUGCAAACUCUGAUAGUUGAGAGAUUUUUCAUAAUUUUGGUGGAAAUGGUGUAAUUUGCAUUGUUAGAAAUAGUGAAUCUGUGCCUACUCUUUGAUACUGUGCA